AUUGCACCAUGACCAUGACCACCAGCACUACCAGCCUUCCUGCAUACCCGCCCAAAGUGCAUGAGCAGGCAAAGAUCAUUUCAAAGCAACCAUUGCGAGCUGCAGAGAUGGAGGUUUCAACGCCGCGCGUCAAACAAGAUGGUGGUGAAGGGGCGUUAAGAUUGCGUGGGGGGUGUAUCCCUUGUCCUGAUGGAGGAUGCUGCUACAUUAUACCGAUUCCAUGCUGCUGUUAAGAUUGUAUUGUUUGUACAUACACGUGUUCUCUCUUCCUUCAUCCAUGAAAUGGACAAGUUUGCUACUCU